CAAGGCAAUUUCAUUAUUUAGCAAACAAAGCCCUUUCAGGGAUUUCUGCAUUGGGGACGUUUUCUCGGCGGUUUUGCAGCAAAUUUGUUGCAGCAGCAAGGCCGGAGAGUUUGCCUCGACUCCCCUCACUACCAAAAUAAAUGAACAGGGCAGGAUUGUUCCACUGAGCAGCCGUGACUGGGGAGAGAAGAAGGAGGAAGGAGAUGGUACGUGCCGACAGCUCUAAACUGAUUGCGGGGAGGAUUGCUAUGUAUGAGAGAGUUCAGGGGGGAAAGAGGAGGAAGUCACAGAGGCAGCCAAGGCUCGCAGGAUGGCAAGAGCCAAGCUGAAGAAUUCCCCUUCAGAGAGCAAUUCCCACGUCAAAACUGUCCCACCAGCCACGACGGAAGAUGCCCACGGGGUGAGCCCCUUGUUACCGUCUCGGAGGAUGGGAUCCAUGGGGAGUGAUGUCGGACAAAGGGCUCACGCCGAGGAUUUCAGCGUGGAUUCCUCCUUCUCACAGGUGCAGGUCGAGUUCUACGUGAAUGAAAACACCUUCAAGGAGCGGCUGAAGCUCUUCUUCAUCAAAAACCAGCGGUCGAGCCUGAGGAUCCGGCUCUUCAACUUCUCCCUGAAGCUGCUGACGUGCCUGCUGUACAUCGUGCGCGUGCUGCUGGACAACCCCGAGGAGGGCAUCGGCUGCUGGGAAUGUGAAAAGCAGAAUUACACAGCCUUCAACCAGUCCACGAACAUAAACUGGUCCCACAUCUUUUGGGUGGACAGGAAGACCCCGCUGUGGGCAGUGCAGGUCAGCAUCGCCCUCAUCAGCUUCCUGGAGACCAUGCUGCUCAUCUAUCUCAGCUACAAGGGAAACAUCUGGGAACAGAUUUUUCGCAUUUCCUUCAUCCUGGAGAUGAUCAACACGGUGCCAUUCAUCAUCACGAUAUUCUGGCCUCCUUUGCGGAAUCUGUUCAUCCCUGUGUUUCUGAACUGCUGGCUGGCCAAAUAUGCCCUGGAGAACAUGAUUAACGAUCUGCACCGAGCCAUCCAAAGGACGCAGUCGGCGAUGUUCAACCAGGUGCUCAUCCUGAUCUGCACCCUCCUGUGUCUCGUUUUCACGGGGACCUGUGGCAUCCAGCAUUUAGAAAGAGCAGGUGAGAAGCUCUCCCUCUUCAAGUCCUUCUAUUUCUGCAUCGUCACCUUUUCCACCGUGGGCUACGGAGAUGUGACACCAAAGAUUUGGCCUUCCCAGCUCCUCGUGGUGAUCAUGAUCUGCGUGGCCCUGGUGGUGCUGCCUCUCCAGUUCGAGGAGCUCGUCUACCUGUGGAUGGAGCGGCAGAAGUCGGGAGGGAACUACAGCCGGCACCGCGCGCAGACGGAGAAGCACGUGGUGCUCUGCGUCAGCUCCCUCAAAAUCGACCUCCUCAUGGACUUCCUCAACGAGUUCUAUGCCCACCCACGCCUGCAGGACUACUACGUGGUGAUCCUCUGCCCCACAGAGAUGGACAUCCAGGUGCGGCGCGUGCUGCAGAUCCCCCUGUGGUCCCAGAGGGUGAUUUACCUCCAGGGCUCUGCGCUCAAGGACCAGGACCUCAUGAGAGCCAAGAUGGACAAUGGAGAAGCUUGCUUCAUUCUCAGCAGCCGGAAUGAGGUGGACAGGACAGCAGCAGACCAUCAGACCAUCCUGAGGGCCUGGGCUGUCAAAGACUUUGCUCCAAACUGUCCUCUCUACGUUCAGAUCUUAAAGCCAGAAAAUAAAUUCCACGUCAAAUUUGCUGAUCACGUUGUGUGUGAAGAGGAGUGUAAAUACGCCAUGCUGGCACUGAACUGUGUCUGCCCUGCCACCUCCACCCUCAUCACGCUGCUGGUGCACACCUCCCGUGGCCAGGAGGGCCAGGAGUCCCCGGAGCAGUGGCAGAGGAUGUACGGGCGCUGCUCGGGCAAUGAGGUCUAUCACAUCCGCAUGGGGGACAGCAAAUUCUUCAUGGAGUACGAGGGGAAGAGCUUCACCUACGCCGCCUUCCACGCACACAAGAAGUACGGCGUCUGCCUGAUCGGCAUCCGGAGGGAGGAGAACAAAAGCAUCCUGCUGAACCCCGGCCCGAGGCACAUCAUGGCAGCGUCCGACACUUGCUUCUACAUCAACAUCACCAAGGAGGAGAACUCUGCCUUCAUCUUCAAGCAGGAGGAGAAGCAGAAGAAGAAGGGAUUUGCGGGCAGCUACGACGGCCCCUCCCGGCUGCCCGUGCACAGCAUCAUCGCCAGCAUGGGUACAGUGGCCAUGGACCUGCAGAACACCGAGUGCCGCCCUGCCAACAGCAGCAAGCUGGCGCUGCCGGCCGAGAACGGCUCGGGCACUCGCCGGCCCAGCAUCGCCCCCGUGCUGGAGCUGGCGGACAGCUCCUCCCUGCUGCCCUGCGACCUCCUCAGCGACCAGUCCGAGGACGAGAUGACGCAGUCGGACGAGGAGGGCUCGGCCGUCGUGGAGUAUGUGAAGGGCUACCCCCCAAACUCACCCUACAUCGGGAGCUCCCCGACCCUGUGCCACCUCCUGCCUGAGAAAGCCCCGUUCUGCUGCCUGAGGCUGGACAAGGGCUGCAAACACAACAGCUUUGAGGAUGCCAAAGCCUACGGGUUCAAGAACAAGCUGAUCAUCGUUUCUGCAGAGACAGCUGGCAACGGGCUCUACAACUUCAUCGUGCCGCUGCGGGCGUACUACCGCUCGCGCAAGGAGCUCAACCCCAUCGUGCUGCUGCUGGACAACAAGCCUGAGCAUCACUUUCUGGAGGCCAUCUGCUGUUUCCCCAUGGUUUACUACAUGGAGGGCACCAUUGACAACCUGGACAGUUUGCUGCAGUGUGGCAUCAUCUACGCUGACAACUUGGUGGUGGUGGACAAGGAGAGCACCAUGAGUGCUGAGGAGGACUACAUGGCAGAUGCCAAGACCAUUGUCAACGUCCAGACCAUGUUCAGGCUCUUCCCCAGCCUCAGCAUCAUCACGGAGCUGACCCACCCCUCCAACAUGAGAUUCAUGCAGUUCAGAGCAAAGGACAGUUACUCUCUGGCCCUUUCCAAGCUAGAAAAGAGAGAGCGAGAGAAUGGCUCCAACCUUGCCUUCAUGUUCCGGCUGCCCUUCGCUGCAGGGAGGGUCUUCAGCAUCAGCAUGUUGGACACGCUGCUCUACCAGUCGUUCGUGAAGGAUUACAUGAUCACCAUCACUCGGCUGCUGCUGGGCCUCGACACCACGCCGGGCUCCGGGUACCUCUGUGCGAUGAAGAUCACUGAGGAUGACCUGUGGAUCCGGACAUACGGCCGCCUCUUCCAGAAGCUCUGCUCCUCCAGCGCCGAGAUUCCCAUCGGCAUUUACAGGACGGAGUCGCACAUGUUCGCAACCUCCGAGCCCCACGACAUCAGAGCGCAGUCACAGAUCUCAAUCAAUGUUGAGGACUGCGAGGACACCAAGGACGUCAAGGAGCACUGGGGCAUCAAGACGAGCCACCACCGCAACUCGUGUUCCAGCGACCAGUCGGAGCACCCUCUGCUGCGGCGCAAGAGCAUGCAGUGGGCGCGGCGGCUCAGCAGGAAGGGCAACAAGCACUCCAGCAAGACGGCCGAGUGGAUCAGCCAGCAGCGCCUCAGCCUCUACCGGCGCUCCGAGCGCCAGGAGCUCUCCGAGCUCGUCAAAAACCGUAUGAAGCACCUGGGCUUGCCCACCACCGGCUACGAUGAGAUGAACGACCACCAGAACACCUUGUCCUACGUCCUGAUCAACCCCCCUCCGGACACGCGGCUGGAGCUCAACGACAUCGUGUACCUGAUCCGCUCCGACCCGCUCGCCCACGUUGCCAACGACGGCCCCAGCCGCAAGAGCAGCUGCAGCAACAGGCUGGGCUCCGGCAACCCCGAAACGCGCGACGAGACCCAGCUGUGAGCAGAGCCGAGCCCCGCGCCCCUGCGGGGCCCCAGGAAGGCGCUGCUGCCCGCGGAGCCCCGCGGAAAGGCGAUGCCAGCCCAGGAGGGAUGCGCGGAGCCCCGGGAGGGGCGAGCAGCCGCACCCCCCAGCCGGUGCCGCCGGCCCCCGGGGAUUUUUAACUUUUUAUACCAAUACCGCAACUAGUGAGGGAGUGUUGGCUGGUGCUGGUGGGACGCGGCUGAGCCGAUGAGCCGGGGGGAGCAGGGCUGGGGUUGGUGCGGGCUGGGGCGUGUUUAUGGGGCUGGUGAAGAAGAGAGGAAAGCUGCACCGAAACGGCUCCAUCUUCCUCCUCCUCCUUCACCAGGUGUCCCCUGGUAAACCUCUGCUCUUUCACCCAAUUCUUAUUCUUCAUCCCCUCUGGGUUUCCGUUCGGGAUGCCGGUGGGAUGGAGGCGCCGUGGCAGGGCUGCUCUGGGGGGUCUCACAAACCCAAACACUUCAGCCCAGGGGGCUGAGAGCCGGGCCGGCUCCGUGGCAGUGCCUCUGAGCCCCUGGGCUUGUGUGCCCCUGCUGCUGCUGGGGCUGAGCUGCCUGGGGGCUUCGGGGGUGCUUGUCCUGGGGUGCCUGGGCUGGGCUGGGCCGGCCGGGGUGUGGUGCUUUGGUGUCUCCACUCGGCCUUUCCCCCUCCAGCCAGGCCGGGCUGGGCUCCCAGCCCUCUCUCUGUGCCGGCUGUGGCUGCUCUCCUUCCCUGCCGUGGUCACAGGUCGCUGACAUCAUGAAGGCAGCGGGUUCUGCCUGUCCCCCCGUGCGCCCCUGGCAGCUCCAGCCACCCCUGCUCCUCUCUGUGCCCCCUGUCCCCCCGGCUCCCCCUGCAGCAGAGGUGCACAAACGUCCCCCCGACCUGCAGGGACCUGGCACCACCGCCAACGCCAGAUGUGUUUCCAUCUGCUGUUGAACAUUCUACAACAUCCAUGUGGAAAGGGUUUAUUUGACUGCCAAGUGAAUAACUGAGUUGUUAACUUUCCGUACUUUUAUGUUCAUCUCUUACAAUUCCAGUGUGAUUUUUUUUAAUUUUUUUUUUUUUUUAAUCAAGGAGCUUGUAAAGCACAACAUGGCCAUGAAAUCCCAUCAGCUUCCUGCACUCGCUGCCAGCUGAAUGGUUUAUUGCCAUUAACAUUCACUCUUUGCUCCCCAAUACAUCCCAAUCAAUGUUUACAAGGAAAACAAAAAAGAAAACAAGCCAAAACCUGUUUGAAAUGAGUUUUCAACAGCUGGGGAGAUGCCCCAGCCUAUGGGGAUGUGCUGCCCAUCCUGCCCAUGGCCCAGAGGGAGAACAGAGAUGCCCAGGGUAGGAGCAGUGCCAAGGCUGGUAUCACCUCAAGAGGGUGUUGAGAGAGCUCUGCUGUGCCUGGAUGAGGUUUGGGGUGCAUCUUUUAUUUUUUUUAUUGUUGUUUUUUCCUGAAGUGCCAGGCAGGAGCCCCUGAAUUGUGGCACAUCCCAGGCUCGGUGAGGUACCACAGGUAAAAGCAAUGAGUGCACCCCUGCCAUGCCACUGAGCUGUGGGCACAAACAAAACUUUUUUCAAAGCUUUUUUGGGGUUGUUUUGAUGGCAUUUUAAUGAUUACUUUUGUAGCUGCUUGGUUAAGCAGGCACAUGUUUUAUUUAUUUCUGUUUCUGGCUUCACAUGCCAAAACUUGUAAUUUAAAAAUGGCAAAAAGAAGUUGCAGAUUAAAAAGUGGGUGUGGUUGAAGUACUAAAGGACACUUCAGUGGGGUCUGUGUUAACCUGGAGCCUCAGGAUGCUCAGAUCAUGGAGUGUUAAUGUAUUUAAGUGUCUGCAUUUAAUAUGGAUCAUUUUCCAAACUUCACUUUGCUUUCAAGGGACAGUGUAACAAAGCAGUAUUACAGGUUAAAAAAAAAAAAAAUCAAAUCAGCAACCAAACAAAAGCUCAGACCCCAAAUAUAACAAAAAGUGUGAUUAUUUGCAUAUAUUUACUGAAACACACAGUUUUUAUGAUUUUUUUUUUUUUUUGGCUGUGAGCUGUGUGCGGGAGCGCGGGGAAGCGAGUGCAGUUCCUCAGCUCAACCCUCCCAUGGCAAGAAAAUUAAAUUGCUUUUAAAAACCCUUAAUUUACUUAAAAUUUCACCUCCCAGCCCUGAGCAGCCAGGUCAGCCAUGUGGCCAAAUGCAGGCUCUGUGUUCCAGGGGCUCCACUGGCCGUGGUGUCGGGUCCCUCCUUCCUCAGCGGGCUCCUCCCUGCCCCUUAAUCCGAGGAGAAAACAAUCCCAAGAGGAAACCACACACCAAAAGGACUGAAGCCUCUGUGUGGUUUGUGAUAUCAACAAAAUAUCCUCAAUAUUCCUGUAUUUUGAGGAUGCUUCUGUUUGUUCAGUGUACAAACUCCCUGGAUUUGAGGUGGAAGCUCCGUGUUCAAACCCUCAGCGUUCCUGCUCUGGUGUAAAUGUCCAGCCCAACCUUCCCAUGGGAUGAGGAAAACCCCGUAAAAUACUCACCUGUGGGCAAUGCAAGUCUGAGAAGCAAGGGUUCGUUUUUCUAAUUCCUUAGCCUCAGUUACAGUACUAAUGUAAAAACAAAAGCAGUUUAUUUUUCUAAUGGUCCUGGAAACGUUGAUGCAGCGACAAAGUUCCUGCGGGGAGAGGGGCACAAGGAGCUUCCAUGGGAAGAGGAGAAUGCCCAUUGCUUCCACCUAUGGAAAAAUCCCAUUUUUUGGAGGAAAGAGUUGUGUUCCACUGCAGAGACCUGGCAGGCCCUGGGGGAUGCAGAAAUGAGGACAGCUGGGAUAUUUUGGGGUUUUCUCAGCAGCGGCUCCGGCGCAUAUUCCGUGUCCACUAAUGGUUUGAUACGCUCAAUAUGGACUAAAUCCACAUAUCCUGCAUUAAACUCAACUACUCAAACCAAUGUUAUGAGUAUAUUUAUUUCCUGUUAUCCCCCUUUUUAUUUAACCUCUAUAGAACAGGACAUUUUUAUUCCAAGCUCAGCUCCUGCAUGGAUUUUUAUCAGCAACUCCCGUCUUUCCUCUGGGACACCGAAUUCCGGGAGCUGCUCUGCUGGGAUGCAGCCAGCCAAGGGGAGAGGGUUUUGUACAAUUCUUGUGAAGAUGCUUCACAUUUCUGUAAAGAUAAAUGAAAAUAAAAGAGCUGCAUGCAGCAA